CUCAGAGUCAACGUCCUCAAAAUAUGCAGGUGAGGCCAAGUGACUUAGCAUCAAAACAAGGCCUGCUGGGACACACUUGCUUGCCAGUCAGGAAACAUCUUUAUUUUACACUGUUUGCUUGUGUCAAAGGUCAAGACCUCCAAAUCCACCUUCACUCCUGAAGAGCUCCUCCAUCUUCCUCAGCCUCCUCUGUACCCUCCUCCACCUGUCCAUCAGUAGUCAUGAACUGGUCGGCUCUAGAGGCGCUCCUCAGUGGGGUCAACAAAUACUCCACCGUGUUCGGCCGCGUCUGGCUGUCCAUGGUCUUUGUCUUCAGGGUGAUGGUGUUCGUGGUGGCAGCACAGCGGGUGUGGGGAGAUGAGAGCAAGGACUUUGUCUGCAACACAGCACAGCCAGGGUGCAACAACGUGUGCUACGACUACAUCUUCCCCAUCUCCCACAUCCGCCUGUGGGCCCUGCAGCUCAUCUUCGUCACCUGUCCGUCACUGAUGGUGGUCGGGCACGUCAAGUAUCGGGAGAAGAAGGAUAUGCAGUACAACGCCUCUCACAAGGGCGCCCAUCUCUAUGCCAACCCUGGGAAGAAACGGGGGGGGCUGUGGUGGACGUAUCUGGCGAGUCUGGUUUUCAAGGCAGGCUUUGAUGCCGGCUUCCUCUACAUCCUGUACUACGUCUAUGAAGGCUACGACAUGCCCCGCCUGUCCAAGUGCUCUCUGGAGCCAUGCCCCAACAUAGUGGACUGCUACAUAUCGCGUCCCACCGAGAAAAAGAUCUUCACCCUCUUCAUGGUGGUCUCUUCUGCUGUCUGCAUCUUCAUGUGUAUCUGUGAGAUGGUUUAUCUCAUCUGCAAACGCAUCCAGAAACUCAUAAGGAGGAAGGCUGAAGCAGAUAGGAAGAUGUUCGCUGAGACUCACGAGAUGGCACCGCUGUCAAAGCCCAGGUCAGAGAUGAGGUCCAAAACGUCAAUCAGAGUGGAUCCUACAGUAUCUAUUCAGAACCUCAGUAACAUCAAAGCUGAGGAGGGGUCAUCUGAGAAAAAAUAAUGCACACCAAGGCAGCAGCUAUGCUGAAAAACUGAUUAAAGUACUUAAGGUGCCAGAAUACAUGGAAAACUGCAGCUGAACACCAAAGAGAUGUCCACCGAUUCAAGGAUUUCUGAGGCAGCGGUUUAUAAAUAUUAUCAGGUUAAAUUACUUUUUGAAGGAAAGCACAAAUUAACUCCCCAAAAAGGAGGAUUACAAAGGAUGUUAAAGGGAUAUUUUUUUAGUCUUGGUUUGUAUGUGUGUGUGUGUGUGUGUGUGAACAUGUGUAUAAGCGCAUGGAUGUGUGCAUGUCUGUUUUUUGUGUAUUAUUAUUGGCCAGUAGAAAGCUUAAGCCAUUCAAAUCAGGUACUUUGUAAAUAAGAUACGCCUUUAUUAGUCCCACAAUGGGGAAACUGCAUGAAUAAAACUGUCAGUAUAAAAUGCUGAAAGACCCCAAGUGAUGUCAUUACAGAGUAAACCCUUUCCCUGAACAUACACACUGCCCCCUAAUGAAUAAAAGACGAUAAAGCACACAGAGCAUUUCAUUUAGGGGCGACACAAUAAGCUGCAGAAAUCAGCUGAUGGGUUUUAGUUCUCAGAUAUGGAAAUGUAGUAGGAAUGCUCUUUAUUAUGCUCUUCAAGAGGUACUCUGGCCCUUGUUGACAUUUUUCCCCUCAUACUAUUACUGUUACUAUUAAAUUGUGAUUUUUUAAUGAAUAUUCCCAUACAUGCACUAAUUCAUAUUACUUAAAAAAUGACACCAAAUGUGUUUUUAUACCCAUAAAUUAGGCUUUGCUUUUCCUUUUGUUGAAAAAGAAUGAAGUAAGAUUCUAGAGGAUGUAUUUGGUUUUACAUUUUGUAUUUAUUGUUGUGAUCUAUAAAGUUAUUUCACCGUUAAAA